CCCGCCACCCCCCAGACUCUGGCCCAACAUGAUACUGACUAAAGCCCAGUACGACGAGAUAGCCCAGUGCCUAGUGUCUGUGCCCCCCAUCAGGCAGAGCCUGAGGAAGCUGCAGCAGAGGUUCCCCAGUCAAUCGCAGGCCACUCUGCUGAGCAUCUUCUCCCAGGAGUACCAGAAACAUAUUAAGAGAACACAUGCCAAACAUCAUACUUCAGAAGCGAUUGAAAGUUACUACCAGAGGUACCUGGAUGGAGUAAGGGAAAAUGGAGCUGCCCCAGUGCUCCUGGAGCUGGCCAAUGAGGUGGACUACGCACCCUCAUUAAUGGCCCGGAUUAUACUGGAGAGGUUUCUACAGGAACACGAGGAAACUCCACCCUCCAAGUCUGUUAUAAAUAGUCUGCUACGGGACCCUUCUCAGAUUCCAGAUGGAGUUCUAGCAAAUCAGGUCUAUCAGUGCAUUGUGAACGACUGCUGUUAUGGACCACUGGUGGACUGCAUCAAACAUGCCAUUGGCCAUGAGCACGAAGUCCUGCUGAGAGACUUGCUUCUAGAGAAAAACCUGUCCUUCCUGGAUGAAGAUCAGCUUCGUGCAAAGGGUUAUGACAAAACGCCAGACUUUAUUUUACAAGUACCAGUAGCUGUGGAAGGGCACAUAAUUCACUGGAUUGAAAGCAAAGCCUCAUUUGGUGAUGAAUGUAGCCACCACGCCUACCUGCAUGACCAGUUCUGGAGCUACUGGAAUAGGUUUGGGCCGGGCCUGGUCAUCUAUUGGUACGGCUUCAUCCAGGAGCUGGACUGUAACCGGGAGAGGGGCAUCAUGCUCAAAGCCUGCUUCCCCUCGGACAUCGUCACCUUGUGCCACAGCCCAGCUUGACCCCGCGGGUCCCAGAAGAGAAGCUGGGAGGAAGAGGCGACUCCGGAAGCAAUUUCGCUUCCCUGCAGCGGCAACCCCUGGCCACAUCUGCCCUGAACUCCGGCUGAACUCCUGCUGCCCGUGGUCACACCACUACCUCUUUAGACAAACACACCGAGAGUUUCUGUUUUCCUUCAUCCCUGCUGAUGUGAACAGCCAAGAACCACAGCCGCAGCCCACUCAUGAUCAGCGGUUCCGCCUCUGUCAAGCAGUUGGUUUGUAGAUGGUCAUCCUCUCCCUUCCUUCGGGAUGGUUUCUCCUUGACGAAAGGAAAAACGCGGAGACUGAAAGGUGUGAUUUUUCCAUCCCCCUCCCAGUUCCCAGACCGCCCUCUUGCUCUUCCCUAAACUCCGCGUAUUCUCUCUCCCUCCCGCACUCGGAUACCCAGCGCCGCGGGGCCUCCCGACCCAGCAGCGCUGAGGCCCCCGGCCUGAAGCUGCCUGGGUGCCUCACCUGCAGGGCUCAGGGCACCCUUGGGCAGCCUGUGCCGUGGCCUGUUCGGUCCAGUCUUUACGGCUUCCUGACUUGCGUGGCCCCGAGCCAAGCUGAAAAAUAUGCUUGAUGAGAAUUUCCUCUUUUUAUAAUACUUGAGCACCAAACAUUUUUCAUUUAUCUCAUUUGAAAGUUUUAGUUACAUUGUGUCUGGAAAUCACACUCGCCCAUUGGCUUGGGGGCCCGGGAGAUGCCGAAGCCGGUGCCAGCCUCGACAGGAGUUUAUUUUUAAACGUGGCUACUUGUCAGUGUGUGUGAUAGUAUUUUUAUGAGUAAAAUUUUUUAAAAGUACAUUUGGUACACUGCUUUUUAUCUGCAUUUUAUACCACAUAAUUAUAUAACACAAAUAAUUUAGGCAUUAGAGAUAGUCAGCUUUGAAUGAAUGAAGUGUACCAGAAAUAAACCCAGGGCGAUUUUCAAUAAGCAAAAUAAAGGAGAGUUUGUAUUUGUUCACUUUAAUCUAGUCACUUUUUAUGCAGCAAAUCAAAUUUCAGUCUAAAGUAAAACAUCAAUAAAGUCCUUGUAAACCUAUUUUUUGGGAGGUUAAAGAUUAAUGUAUGCCCAGAAACACAGUUAGCAAAAUAUUUGCCAUUGUGUUGACAAAACAUAAUGACUUUUAUAAUGUUGAAUUGGUGAGCUUGGAAAUAUUAAUAAAGAUGUAAGUCUUAACAAACAUGUUUAA